CCCACCGCUUCGAUGGUGGAAAGUUCAGCCAUUCCGUUUCGCACCACCUCGCUUGACCUGUAGCGACAUUGACCUUCGACGACUCUGGUUCCGCACUAUUGUUUGUCGCGCCCUGAAAUUAUUCACUAGGGAGUGAACCGACACCGAGACAGCGCCGAUAAGCAUUAUCAAGCAGUCGCGCACAGAGGGAAGACCACUAGGAGAAACCGAGCUUGCCACGCGACUUGUAAUCACAUCUAAGGGGCCUUAUAUACCCAGAGACAUACACCGUCCGCGAGCUUUGGCAUGGCGGCGUUGGCCGGCUCGCCACCGAAGCCAUGGGAAAGGGCGGCGGCGGGUGGCUCAGCCGCGAUACCAACUUCAACGACAGCAGCCGCAGUGCCACCAUCAGCAAUCGAUUCUUCAGCCCCAGCACUACCCUCACGACCAGAUUCCCUGAACGCCGUAGCCACCCGCACCGCCUCUAAUUACACAUCACCUUUCAAUCGGACUUCACCUUACUCCUCACCGUACGGCAUGGGUGGCUACGGUUCAUCCUACAGUUCUCCGUACAGUCGUCUCGGCGGCAUGGGAAGCAUGGGAGGCAUGUACGGGAACAGCAUGUACUCUCCGUAUGGAAUGGGCGGUUAUGGCGGGAUGUAUGGUCAACCUGGCAUGUAUGGCGCGCCUGCGCAAGAUCAGAGUUUGACGCAAACGAUGAAUCAGAGUACGCAGGCGACGUUCCAGAUGAUUGAGAGCAUAGUUGGCGCGUUUGGUGGGUUUGCACAGAUGCUCGAGAGCACGUACAUGGCGACGCAUAGCUCGUUCUUCGCCAUGGUGAGCGUGGCUGAGCAAUUCGGCAACCUCAGACAGACGCUUGGCAGCGUACUCGGCAUCUUCACCGUCCUACGAUGGAUACGACACGGCAUCGCUCGACUGACUGGCCGGCCGCCUCCAGCAUCCAGCAAAGAACUCACGGCAGCCAACUUCGCAGCCUUCAGCGGUGUAGCUGCGCCCGACGGCUCACCCGCACAACCAAAGCCCAGUCGCAAACCCUUCAUUUUCUUCAUCAUCGCCGUUUUCGGCCUACCAUACCUCAUGGGCAAGCUCAUCCGCGCGCUCGCCGCUUCACAAGAAGCCGAGCAGCAGAAACAACUAGCCGCCUCACCCUACUCAGCAGAAGGUCAGCGAGGACCGAUAGAUCCGAGCAAGCUUGAUUUCUGCCGUGUGUUGUACGACUACACGCCACAGCAGCAACCCGGUCAACAGUUUACAGAAGGCAUUGAUAUCAGUGUCAAGAAAGGCGACCUUGUCGCUGUACUUUCAAAAACCGACCCGAUGGGCCAGCCAAGCGAGUGGUGGCAGUGCCGGUCAAGGGACGGACGCUUAGGUUACUUGCCAUCACCGUAUCUCGAGACGAUCCAGCGACGACCGCAGGCACAGAUAGCGGCGAAGAGUAACCAAAGUAGCCCUGCUCAUUCACGGGUGAAUACCAUGACCGGCAGCAUCGAUACUGGCAGCCGUGCAAAUAGCAUGGCCAUUACUGAUAAGGAGAAGGCGCAGGUUAGGGCUUCGUCUAAAGAGCCGCCGAAAGUGGAAGGCAAGCCUGCUGAUAUCAGCGUGGAGAGUUUCCAGCGUGCGGCGUUCACUUCGUGAGUUUGGCGAGCGUUUGGUAUCGCCAUUUUCUGCGUUCAAGCGAACAGAGAAGCGAGUGUACAAAGAAAUAUCGUUUUUUGGAGAUCAAUGUCUUCUCAUUACUGCAUAGAGUACAGCUCGUGCCAGCAUAACAAGAAUGGCCAGUAUAUUGGGAGAUUUGAAAGAGCUCCUCCGGCCCUCCAACAAUAUCAUCAACAUUGCUGUC